CAGCCUUCAACUCGUUGAGUUGACAAUGCACCCCUCCUCUCCCCUUUCCUACAUCCGCCUUUAAAUUCUCAGCGGCUGCCCCUCUCCCUCUUCUUCAAUUCCCUGAUCAGAUUCUGAUCGCCACCUCCGCGUCCUCCUUCCGCUGCUUCUUUAUCUUUAGAUCUCACGCCCACGGAGAAAUAACAAAGAUAUUUCAAGAAGAGAAGGAAGAGGCAAGCCCCCAUGAUUCUCCCAUGAUCACCAUGUGGAGGAGAUUGAAGGGACGGACCGCCGGAGCUCCCCUUCCACCCCCAAGAGGUACAGAAAGAGGGGAGGCUAACUUGUUGCCCAAGCCAAGUGUUAAUCAGGAGUACCUGGAAGCUUUCAGAACCAGAUCAUACAUAGAAAUAUGGAGCAAGGUCCAAUGUCAGAUACGGCACCCCAGAGACGAGCCGACCUCAUUAGCCUCUUCCUCUUCUUCAUCGUUUUCACUGCCACCGCCAUCGUCGCCUUCACUGUACAACCACUUGCCUGAGUCCCUCUUAGAACCUAGACAAGAAACCAUAGACUCCAUCCUCCAGCAGCAAAUUUCCCCCUCCAACUCCGAGCUCCGCGAUCUCGUCCAUGAUUACUUCGACAACAGCACCGAGGCUGGCAGGACAUGCGCCAUUCUCCUUCAGUGCAUCAACCAGGCGAGGAUAAAUUAUAGAAAGAUACAGAAGGUCCUGAGCCUGACGCAAAAUCCACAGGACUUCACAAAUGAAGAACUCAAUUUGGUGAUGGGAGAACUUUCCUCCUUCUCCAAACUAGACAACCCUUUGUCCCUCUCGCCUCCCACCCAGUUCCAAACCAUCCACGACCUCUACAGCUUGAUGCAGAAGAAGCUGACGAAGAGGAAGCGGAAGAUAACGAAGAGGGUGAAGGUGAUAGGGCUCGUCAAGAAGCUCUCAUCCGCAGGCCUCAUUCUAGCGUGCACGGCAUUCGCAGUUGUGGGCGUCUUCCUAGCCAUGCAUGGCUGUGCUGGUGUUUUAGCAGCACCACUGGCUCUGCCUGGCUUCUGCACGAAAAUGGUGAUGAAAUUGAAGAGAUUGAGAGCAUUUAGAACCAAUUCUCUGAAUAUUCUGAGUGCCCAAUUGGAUGCCGCUGCUCGGGGGGCCUACAUUUUGAUCAGAGACUUCGACACCAUGAGCAGAUUGGUGACUCGGCUGCAUGAUGAGAUCGAGCACAACAGAGCAGUCAUCACGAUCUGUUUGAGGAACAGGGAGAGACAUAUGCUGCAGGAGAUCCUGAGAGAGCUGAGGCUGAGCGGAGGAGGAUUUGUAGAGCAGCUAAAUGAGUUGGAGGAGCACGUCUACUUGUGUUUCUUAACUAUCAACAAGGCUAGGAGAUUGGUCAUUGAAGAGAUCACAGCACAGAAGAGGCAGUAGCUAGAAAAGCUCUGCACCAAGAUGAUGCCGUCUAGUACUUUUCACUUUCUUGUUUGGGAUUCUUGCUUUUUUCUUUUCUUUUGUUAACAAUUCUUUAUGUAGUUAUGAACCAUUGUCUCUCAUUCCUUUAUUCUUUUAUUCGUCAAGAGUUCAUCUUGUUGGCUUGGAUCAUAGACGAGCAAGCCUGCCAUGCACGUCUUAAUGAGAUAGCCUCGCUUCGAAUGUAUAUGAUGGAAGAACUAUUGAGUGUUUAUGUGAA